AUGCAGAUUCAAGAAGAUAGGGUAGAGAUAUGCCAGGAGUAUUGGAAUCUGGGAGAUUACAAACGACAGAAAGAUUUCAUAUUGUCAAGAACUAAAGCAUAUGGAAUAGAGCGUGAAAGGCCAAGGUCUGCAGAACGUAAGCGUAAAAGAAAACACACAAUUUCAUAUUUCUUCAUAAAACCGGAUGGUUUGCAUGUCAAAGUUUGCAAAAAGUUUUUCCUAGCUACAUUAUGUGUUAGCUCUGGUCCAGUUUAUACAGCUUUGGCUGAGAAGGGCGAGGCUAGUACCUUUGUUGGUGAAGAUAAAAGGGGUCAUCAUACAUCGAGUAACAAGACUAGCGAGGAACGAUUAGAUUUAGUUCGUAAGCAUAUAGAAAGUUUUCCGAAGAUUGAAUCACACUACACCAGAAGUGAUACCCAUCGCCAAUACUUAAACCAAGAUAUGAGUAUAAGUAAGAUGUACCACUUGUAUAAAUUGCAUUGUGAUCAAUUAGUACCACCAAAAACAGAUCCUGUAGAAGAAUUAACAUACAGAAGAUUAUUUUGUACUGAAUACAACCUUUCCUUCUUUCACCCCAAAAAAGACCAAUGCAUGAAAUGUUCAAAACAUAAAAUCUUAACAGGCAUUGAUAAUGUUAAUUUUGAGGAGGAAUACCAGGCUCAUCUCCAACGCAGUAAAGAAGCUCAGAUAAAGUCUUCAGGUAAAUUAAGAGCUACAAAAGAUUCAAAUUUCAUCUCUGCUUCUUUUGAUCUACACAGCGUUCUUCAGCUACCAAAUACCAAUGCAUCACUCCUCUAUUACAGUAGAAAGCUUAGUCUAUACAAUCUUUGUAUUUAUGAUGCAGCCAAACCUAACGAUGCAUUUUGCUACUGCUGGAACGAAGUUCAAGCUGGGCGUAGAAGCAAUGAGAUUGGAACCGCUAUUUACAAAUGGUUAUCAGAUCUACCGAGUAAUAUUAGAGAGGUAUCUCUUUUUUCAGAUACAUGCGGAGGUCAAAACCGGAAUCAAAAUGUAGCAGCAAUGUUUGUACAUGCAAUGCAGUCCACUCCUUUAGAAGUCAUUUCCCAACAUUUUCUGCAAUAG